CUCGACACACGCGUCUCAUCCCCGUUUAUAUUUAAAACUUUAGUCUGCAUUUGCUGACGACAAAUUGGAUGUACUAUAGCGUUUUGAUACAACUUGAUCGGAUUUCUUAUUUUUGAAAAGGAAUUAGGAUUUGUUUUUCACAUGAAAGUGCGUGGCCCUGCACUGUGUUCUGGUACCUCCCAUGUCCUGGCCUGCUAAGCCUGGUGUCUCCUCACUGGGCCUGGGCUAUAGCUGAACCAGGGCUGCUGCUGGUACUACUGCUGCUGGUACUGGUACCACUACUUGUACUUGUGGUGGUGGGUGUCCCAACCCAGGGGCCUGGAGGAGCCCUGUCCACCUCCCAGCCACACGAAGAUGAACAAACUGACCGGCUUCCACAAUAACAAAGCUAUGCAGGACCGCCGCUGUGUCUGUGUCUUUCUCCCCAAUGACGACACGCUUAACGUCAUCGUCAAUGUGAAGACUUUGUGCCAGGAGCUGCUCAUCCAGGUGUGUGACCUGCUCCGACUGAAGGACUGUCACCUGUUUGGACUCAGUGUAAUUCAGAACAAUGAGCACAUCUACAUGGAGCUGGGCCAGAAGCUGUCCAAGUAUUGUCCCAAGGAGUGGAAGAGAGAGGCCAGCAAGGGCAUCGACCAGUUUGGGCCUCCCAUGAUUAUCCACUUCAGGGCUCAGUAUUACGUUGAGAAUGGGAGAUUAAUAAGUGACCGCUCGGCCAGGUACUACUACUACUGGCACCUGAGGAAACAGGUGUUGCUGUCUCAGUGUAUCCAGAGAGAGGAAGCUUACUUUCUGCUGGCAGCCUUUGCCCUCCAAGCCGAUAUGGGCAACUUCAAACGCAACAAACACUUUGGGAAGUACUUUGAACCUGAGGCCUACUUCCCCCCAUGGGUGAUAGCCAAGCGAGGCCGGGACUACAUACUGAGACACAUCCCCAACAUGCACAAAGACCAGUUUGCCCUCACUGCCUCUGAGGCUUAUCUCAAAUACAUCAAGGAGUGUUCCCAGCUGGAUGAUGUCACAGUCCACUACUACAAACUCUAUAAGGACAAAAAGGAAGUGGAGGCUUCUCUGACCUUAGGACUGACCCUGCGUGGAAUCCAAAUAUUCCAGAAUGUGGGGACAGUGAGACAGCUCCUGUAUGAUUUUCCCUGGAGCAACGUGGGCAAACUGGUAUUCGUGGGGAAGAAGUUUGAGAUCCUGCCUGAUGGCCUUCCGUCGGCCCGUAAGCUGAUCUACUACACCGGUUGUCCCCUGCGGUCCCGCCACCUCCUACAGCUGCUCAGUAACAGCCACCGCCUCUACAUGAACCUGCAGCCUGUCCUCAAACAGGUCCGCAGGCUGGAGGAAAACGAAGAGAAGAAGCAGUACCGUGAGUCGUACAUCAGCGAUGCGUUGGAGCUGGAUAUGGACGGGCUGGACAAGCGUUCCCGGGCCAGCGGCAGCAGUGCCGGCAGCACCGUGUCUCACCUCAAACACCUGUCACGCCACUCUACCGCCAGCCACGGCAGCUCACACACCUCGGGCAUCGAGACAGACAGCUUCCGGGCCCCCGGAGGGGCCCCACACCGAGCCCUAAGGACCUGCAGCUCCUCAACGACUAGCCAUGGGAGCUCACACACCUCGGGGGUGGAGAGUGGGGGCAAGGAGCGCAUGCUGGACGAUGAUGAGAUUGAGAUGUUAGUGGACGACCCUAAAGACUAUGAGGAGCUCCAUGAGCUGGCCCUAGAGUUGAAUCAGGACCUGUGCAUCCACAUCACUGAGGACAUGCUGACCAUGUCCCCUGACCAGACCAACGGAUACUCAGGGCUCAUAGUGAAGGAUGUCAGCUCGUCCACCUCCAGUUCCUCUGAGACCGUGGUCAAGAUGAGAGGCCAGAGCAUCGUGUCUCUCCCUCAGACCUCCGUGUGCAGGAAGCCUCAGACGUCGACGGACCGCCACAGCCAAUCCCUUGAUGACGUGCGUCUCUACCAGAAGGGCUGCCUCCAGUGGGCGGAGCUAUGCCAGGACACCGCCCACAGCUACACCUUCGGCUGCGCCCAGGAGCUGAGCGACAGCAGCGGUUACCAGGGCAACCUGGCUGAGCAGUGCGCCGGUAUCCGCGGUGACCAGCUUGACGGCUUCCCAAUCAAGAGAACCAGCAAGUACUUUUCCCUGGACCUGACCAGCGAAGAGGUCCCAGAGUUCGUGGUGUGAUGGACGAACAGGGAAGAUGGGGAUGAGGAGGAAUGGAUGAGGCAGAAAGGGUGACCUCAAGACCCCUGCUCCUCUGCCUCCACAUCUCAGAAUUGGAGGUGCCUCAGGAAACCGAAUGGGACGAGAGAAGAGGGUUGGAGGUUUGGAGAGGUGAUACUUGGUUGUCUAUCUGUUGCCCUAACCUAUCAGUCAUAACCUGUGUCAGCCAUAACCUGUCAGCACCAGACUGGGAAGAGUCAGAUGGAGGAUAAAAUCCCUACAUCCACCAGACUGACAUCACCAGUCAAUAUAACCAUGUAACCACCUGAGACGACAUACAUAACACACUACAGAGACAAAUAACUGACAUUGAAAGCCCUUUGAGGUAUUUUUUGCCAAAACGGGAAUAAAACAAAAAAAAGGAUAAACCUUUGCUGGGUUUCAAGAAAACCUGUCUGCGUCUUUUAAAUCGGACCGAUGCUGGUUGGGGAUGGAGAGUAAAAGGAAAAGUAAGGGAAGGUCAAGAAAUAUCUCACCAUCACCUUUUUAUUCAAACUGUCUGCAUUUCCAAAGCAUGUACUCUCUACAGAAUGGUUUUUGGAUCUGAAUCUUGGGCAUGCGAAGCUAAAUAAUACUUCAGUCUCACAGAAAACAAAAACAAACAUUCUGAUGUUAACACACUUACGUGUGCCUAGUAUGACUUUACUAAUGCAGUGCAAACAAAUUAACAAACACACACACAGCCUACAUAUCAAAAUGUUCUGCCAUGGAGAGUAGAUGUGUCAACAGUUCCCCUGUAGAGUUGUCUCCUAGUGUAGUGACUAGACUGAUAUUAUGAACAAACCCAAUGUGCCUUCAUCACCUAUGCAGGUCUUGAACCACAACCUUGCCUUGACAAUCAGUCACAGCUUCUCGCUAAGCAACACAACACGCCCAGAUGAGUCAAAGAGAUCAGUUUUAAGUCAUAAGGUCAAUUUUAAGCUCUUCAUCUGUAACUUUAUUCUUGGUCAGCAGUACAUUGUUAUUUAAAGGCCCAGUGCAGUCAAAAACUAGAUUUUUUUCCCCUAGUUUUUCUAUACAUUGCCACACUAUGAUGAUGGAACAAUACUGUGAAAAUGAUGAUAAUUCCCUUUUAGUGUAAGCUGUUUGAAAAGACUGCCUGAUAUUUUAGCCUGUUUUG